UAAUGAUCAGAUCAAACCGGUCUAACUUGGACAACUAGACCAUAACAGGUCUCGGAGGGGCUCGUCUUCUUCCUCGCGCCAGCGCCGCCACUGCUGCCGAGCGCCCCAGCCCCCUAGCUCGUCUUCGUCCACCGCAGGUAGAUUAUGAAAGGAAGCUCCACGUUACUGAUGUGAAAUAGAGGAUCUGACUCCUGACUAGACAAGAUUUUGCCUUAUUUGUCACAUGCCAUCUGCUUAAAUUGGAAGGAACAAGCAAUAAAUCAAGAUGACAGAACAAUCAUCAUCUUCUAGGAAGAAGAAGCGACUGCGCUCUCCUAAUGACAAUGACGAACAUCCACUAGGCAGAAUCGAAACUAGCACAAGGCUUGAGGAUAACCUUACAUUCAGUGACACUUUGAUAGCUCUACAAUUGAUGCGCACACAGUUCCCAAAGCUAGAGAAGGUUGUGACGCGGCCAUUCAUUUUGCGGUCUCAAUUAUAUAGCAGUGUGAAGGACCGAACACAAGUUGAUAGAGAUUUGGAGUACUUUGUUUUGCAGUCACUGAAGAAAGAUAGAGUACUCCGUGUGUUCAAACUUAAUACUGGGCAGGAUGACCAUGCAAUCAUGUUCAUGGAUGAUUAUCUAAAACAGAUAGAAUUCUCCGUCAGGAGAUCAACGGGUAAAAACCAAGAUGGUAAUGAAGUGUUUGAGUGGUUUGAGAGAUAUGUUGUGCAUUCGAAAUUGGAUGUUAGCAUAGAUCAUCUAGAGCUGUAUUCACUUUUAUCACAUGGGGGUGAUGCAAGCGAUAAACAUAUCACAUUAUUGAUGAAUGCUGGUCUCCUAAUACGCCAACUAAUUGAUCCAAACAUGUACUGGUUUGCUAUUCCAAGUAUUGGUCCUAUCUUGAAAGGCCUAUCCCAGGCAUGGCCGGGCCCAGGAUUUGAGAGUUAGGUAUUCAAAAUUUCAAAAUUUCUCCUUAGAUCCUCAUAGUAGUCAGUUGGUAUCAUCAUCUUCUUGAACUCUAUACAUCAGCAACAAAAGCAAUUGAUGAGUACAUUACGUGCUCGGCGUGUCCCCUCUGGAAAACCUGAUAACUACAUGUGGCUUCAAAGGAAGGUUGUAUGGUUCUUUUGCAUAAAAGGGGUUUUAUUUGAAUAUUACCAUACUUUUGAUGAAGGCAGGUUUUCAUAAAAACAAGUUUAUCUCAAAAGCAUUAUUCAUCCAUGUGUGGGUCCUCGACCACUCACCCAAAUCAUGUGUUCCAGCAAGAAGUUAGAGAGGGAGGAAGAAAGGGAAAGAAGAUAGGUCCCGUAUGUCAAGAAAGAUUCAUGUGUCGUCCAUGACCGUGGACACGGCUAUUCGAAUAGUUUCACUCUGUAGAGGUUGUACGCUGUACCCACACGACACGAUCUCGCCUUGCGCCUAACCAGCUGCCACUGGUGAAUACACAAGUAUCAGUGUACCGACAGCGAGUCGUGACGAGGUCUUUCAAAAGGACAUACUUAAUGUGAACGCCCACUAGGUUUCAACACGGAAGGACAUCGCUCGACGAUUCACAGUCCGGGCCCCCCUUUUGUGCCGAGGGUUCCCUAUCUUAGGCGACACCCCAUGGUACGGCUAUGUCCACACUAAGCAUGAAGUCCAUACUAAACCAAGCCAGAGCCCAUAUAGCAUGCGGUCGCACGGUUGUCACAAUCUUCAGAUUCAAGACUUAUUAGGCCUCAUCUGCUACGGGCGAUGAAUUGCUCCCACACAGGCUAGCAGUUGCUCCUUCGACCAAUGAUCCAGCUGCCGCCAGCACCAGUUGUAUGGUAAGUUUCACCAAGAGUAGGUCGAGAGAGUAGAAGAAGGUUCCAAGAACAGGGACUACACCCAGCUCAACGAGCUCAACAACUUUCAACAAUGAUAUCAUCGAUCUGAAGAUCACUUAGAAACCCUCGAAUAGGCAAAUGAAAGAUUCCUAAUGAACAAUAUGAGCAUGGCUAAGCAUUUCUACUCUACAUGAUUAUUAUAUAAAACUACUCCAGGUAUCAAGUGAAUGGCGACAAACAGAUCAUGGCAAAGUGUCAAUCGACACAGUAGCUACAGGAAUAAGAUAGCAUGCAUGUUUAUAAAACAAUAAAAUAACUAACUAAUGCCCAUUUGAAAACAUAGGAUAAAUAUGAUCAGAGAGAGAGGGGGGGGGGGCAUGCCUCCGUUGAUGAAUUCUUCUUCUUCUUCAGCUUCAGCUUCUUUUCCUUGUUCCAUCUCGUCACUCUCUACUCGUCGUAGCGAUAACCAGAACAAACAAAAUAAAUACAAAUACAAUAAAGCCAAAUGAAAUAUGAAUAAGAGAGCGAAUAGACGAGGAGGCCAAGAAUAGGUUUGGAAUAUCUUGGAAAGGAUAGUAACUUUGAUAGGAUAGGA